AAAUUGUUUCAAAGGAAAUAUGCUUUGCUGUGCAGUGUAACGACUUACCCAGUAUCUCGGAAAAGGCUCGCUAUGUUUCCUUGCUCAUUAACACGUCCAAGCCAAUUCCAUUGGAGGUUUUCAAUACAUCAAAGAGUCUGCGAACAUUUUUUAUUCUAAGCACCCAAUACAGGCAUGAAAUUCCUGAUAUGAAACUCCCUGAUGAUCUGGUUGUGAGCUUGAGAUGCUUACGUUCUUUAUAUUUGAGUGAUGUUCCUAUCAAGGACCUACCAAAUUCAAUUGGAGAUUUGAAACAUCUUAGGUACCUAAACCUGUCUGACACUAGAAUUAAGGAUUUACCUGGCUCAGUUUGCAGUCUCUACAAUUUACAGACGUUGAUACUUAAAAAUUGCAGUGAGCUUUUUCAGUUGCCCAAAGACACAACGAACCUAAUUAACUUAAGAAAUCUCAGUUUAGUUGGAUGCUGGCAUCUUGCAUCCAUGCCUCCUGAAAUUGGGAGAUUGACUUGUCUGCAAACAUUGGAUAGGUUUGUUGCGAGUAAAGAAUCUGGUUGUGGGAUAGGACAGUUGAAGAACAUGAUGCAACUCCAAGGAUCACUUUGUAUUGAUAGGCUUGAGGAUGUAGCUAAUGUAACUGAUGCCAUGGAGGCAAAUUUGAAGAAUAAGCAUUACCUCCGUAAGUUGGUUUUGGAAUGGAGCUGCAGAAGCUAUUUGUCAGAUGGAAUAGAUGAGGAUGUACUUGGUGGCCUCCAGCCCCAUGCCAACAUUGAAGAACUGAGGAUAGACAAUUACCAUGGAUCUAAAUUUCCAAGUUGGAUCGGAGAAUCGUCGCUCUCACAUCUAGUGAAGAUUGAAUUCUUCCAUUGUGGCCACUGCAAAAUCCUCCCACCUCUUGGGCAACUACCAUUCCUUAAAUAUCUCAUUAUCGAUGCAAUAUAUGGAUUGGAAAAUGUGGGUUCUGAAUUUUGUGGUGAUGGGAAUUUACUUGGUUUUCCCUCAUUGGAGAUGCUAAAACUUGAAGACAUGAAAGAUUUGAAGGUAUGGAAAGGAGCAGAGAAUGGAGAGUUUCCUUGUCUUCAUGAGCUUAUCAUUAUGAAGUGUCCCAAGCUGACUAUUCUUCCAAGGUUUUCCUCUCUCCAGGACUUAAUUUUGGAUGAAUGCCAUGAGAAUAUACUGAGCUUAUUGCCUCAAAUGACCUCUAUUUGCUCCUUGAAGAUGUCGAAUUUUCGGAAGUUAACAUCCCUACCUGGAGGCUUUUUUCAUAAUCUAAGUGCACUCAAAGAACUGAAAAUCCAUCAUUGUUAUCAGCUUUUGACAUUGCAGAAGGUGGGUUUGCAAGACCUUAAAUGUCUUUCCCACUUGGAAAUUUGGUGCUGUCCUAAACUCAUGGGCUUGUCAGAAGGGCUACCUACGACACUUGAAACUCUCUCUGUCCAUGUAUGUAGCAAUCUCAAGUCCCUACCAGAGAGGCUACAAAGCCUGACAUCUCUUCAGGAAUUGGACAUUUACAAGUGUCCACAACUGGCAUCCUUCCCGUCAGAUAGGCUACCAACAAUGCUUAAACAUUUAAGGAUAUCCAAAUGUUCAAAUCUCAACUACUUGCCUAUGGGUUUACGUGACAUAACUGCUCUUGAAUCUUUGGUAAUUGAAGGUUGUCAUCAAAUAAUAUCUUUGCCAAAGGAGGGGCUGCCGACCAGCCUCCAUUCUUUAAUGAUCCAAGAAUGUGAAAUACUAGAGAAACGGUGUCAAGAAGGCGGUGAGGAUUGGGUGAAAAUAUCUCAUAUUCCCCGUAUUGACAUUGGAAACUUUUGAAUCAGUUUCUCAGAGUGUAAAUGCUGUUGCUAUUCAAAAUCUAGAAGGGAGGGCAAGAGGCAUUGAGAAAUGUGGUUCUCUUGCUGGUGUCACUGAAGCAUAUAGGGACAGAGGUUUUCUUCACUUCACAAGCUAAAACUGCAAAUGCAGACUAGCAGCAUGAUUAACACCUUAUUCAUUACAGCUUCAUGCCUUGGGUUGGACUGGAUCAAGUUGGGCCUGGACCGGGCUAGAGUUUGGUUGAAAGGUUAAGUACCUGGCACCUUUUCCUUUUUCAAGAACAAAUUUUUUAUGUGUAACUGCAAUGGUGACAAGAAUGGAUCUUCAUCUUAUUUUUUUAGCCAUGGGGGAGGGGGCUAUAGAUUGAAAUUUGCCACUUGGGAAUAACAGUGACAUGGAAUUCUUUUUAUUUCUAAUAAUUUUGUCUGGGGGUAAUCUCUCCCUUUUUCCCCUAUCAUUGUGAUUCAUUAAUCUGCAAUGCUUUUCUUUUUCCUAUUUCUUAGUGAAUUUUUUUACCAAUCUAUUUGUCUUAAAUCCCAACAUGACUCAUGGGCUUUCUGCUUUCUUACUCAUUUGAUUUGGUACCAUCAAUGACAAACAGGGAGGCCGUGAGCACAUGAUCAAUCUCUUAUACAUCGCCAUAUCUUAAUUUUGGUCCCAUAAACCUGUUUAGUUGUUCAAUCAUUUUCUUUUGUUUAUUUAACUUCAUGGGUUCUUUUUUCUUUCUUCUGAACUAAAAAUCACUACUUGUGCUGAAAAAAACACCCUUGACAGAUUCUGAUUUGUCUAUGAAAUAUAGCAAUUGUCUUUUACACAGUCAUCCUUAGUACUAUUAAUUUGUCCUGCUUGGAUUUUCGUUUCCUGCGUUGUGUGGCUUGGGACAUUAUCCUUUGUUACAUAGAAGACGCAUUUAUGUAGGGAUAUUGUUAUU